GCGCUUUCGACAUGUCUGGUCGCGGCAAGGGUGGGAAGGGCCUAGGUAAGGGUGGCGCCAAGCGUCACCGCAAGGUGUUGCGCGACAAUAUCCAAGGAAUCACCAAGCCAGCCAUCCGGCGCCUGGCUCGCCGCGGCGGCGUCAAGCGUAUUUCUGGCCUCAUCUAUGAGGAGACUCGUGGAGUGCUGAAGGUUUUUCUGGAAAAUGUAAUCCGCGAUGCUGUCACCUACACGGAGCACGCCAAACGCAAGACGGUCACAGCCAUGGACGUGGUGUACGCGCUCAAACGCCAGGGACGCACUCUGUAUGGCUUCGGCGGCUGAGCUUAGCUCCACAGUUUGCUAUUGCAAAACCAACGGCCCUUUUCAGGGCCACCUAUCCACUCAG